AGAGGAACAGUGCUCAGCCCAAGCAAGUCUGAUGAAGGGUGACUGAGAGCCCAGCACUCCAAGGCUUGAAGUGAGUGGGAACGCGAUUUAAAGUGUUUGGGUAAAGAAGAGAGCAGGUUUGUAGAUGGUGGAUUUCCCAACCUUCCCUUUCUUGAGGUUUCUACUGUACUAUUGUCUUCUGCUUCAUUUUGUGAUCCACUGAAAGAAAAGGAAGGUCUGGAAAAGAAAUGGCUAAAAGAGCCUCCAAACUCGGUUUUGAACCACAACAGGCUAUCAAAAAUUGCAUCUGCUUGAGCACGCAAAUUCAUUAGCCACAUUGAGCCGCUGACCACUGUAUUGAAAUGUUGAAAAGCUUUGUGAGCUCUUCGAUGGGCGUGGCGGUUGGCGUUUCCCUCCUUCUACUUCUCGUCGUCUGUGGAAUUGGGUGUGUUUGGCACUGGAAGCGCAGGGAAUCCACAGCACUUACCUUACCGAAGUUUAUGCAAAGGAGAAAUAACAGACAUAAGGACUUCGCAAAAACCCUUGACUUGAACCCCCACAUGGUUUGCCCAAGCUCUAAAACUUCAGGGGAAAGCAAAGGCCACAAGUCUACCGUCAAGAGAAAUAGGACGCAUGGCGAGUACGAAAAUGUGCAAGUGGGUCCCGCCAGCGCGGAGGCAUCGACGGAGAAGGCGCUAUAUGAAAACACGCAGCCAUCUAAUCCCGAGGAACAUGUCUACGGAAAUCAAACAGACGCCCUCUAUUGUAAUUUCCAGAAGCCUAGUCCUCUUCCUCCUCCCCAAGAUGAUGACACAUACAUCCUUCCAGAUUCCUACUAGCUUUUCAACGAACUGAGACGCAUUGCUGCAGGAAAAUAAGCGAUCAGCAGGCCUCCGGGUGGACUGAUGUCAUCAUGAUCAAAAUAUCCUGAUGAAAUCAGUGCUCUCUUUUCUGUCUCCACCCUCAUAAAUCCUCACUAAGCGAACCACUGUUGACAAAUUCUAGAAACCACCUCUGCCUUGGAUUAAAUCUGUGCUAUAUUAUAUUAAUUCUUCUUUUAAACAUUUGUUGGUAGAGCUUUCUUUCAUUCCUUCCUUUGCCCACUUUGAGGCUCAGUAUUAUUGCCACAGUCUCUUAGCAGUUCAUCCUUCUCUUGUUUUACCUUGAUGAGGGGCUAACCUUUCACACACAAGGUCUUCCGAAUUAACUCCAUCCAAUCAAUAGCCUAUUGAUAGUGCAGCAUAUUGAUCUUCAGGAAAUUUCGAUCAUAUCAUAUCAUUAAACAUCAUAUCAUUUCUUUGCCAAAAAAUAACUUUAUGCCCUGUUUGCAAAAGGCAUAAAGCCCACACAUCCGAGUCCAGAAUUUAUUACUUUUUCAGCUAUAACAUUCGUUCUCAGUUAUUUCCCUAACCCCUCGCUUCAUUGCUUGUAUCAAGUCAUCUCAAAGCUACCAAGCCCCACUCUCUACCCCACGGCAUUGCUUGUCCACCUUCUCAAGCCUCCGAUUACACCUUCUUCUCCCUGCAUCCUCUGCAUCGCGUUAAAGCCUCCAUUUCCCUUAGAUCUUACUCCCUGUUUAAUUCUUGGAGAAUUUGAAGAUAUCAAUGUUUUAUUACUAAAUAAUAUUGAUAACACCUUUAGUUUCAGCUAACUAGGAAGGAACUGGUUCGUAGUCAUACUUUAAGCCCCAAAGAAAUCUUAUGGGGAACUAAAAGUUUGGGUAAUUGGCAAAAUUGUA